CUAUCCUAUGAGAUCUAUCCCUCAGGGCCUUUGCCUACUUAUCAAUAUAGUUCAUUUCGAAAGGCACGAGGACAGGCCUGGAAGUAACAUAGAUGCUGCUAGCAUUAAGGAUGUGUUUGAAAAUGUUCUCAACUUUCAAGUGACCAUGAUUACAGAUCCAACUCUGCAGGAACUACACCAAGUGCUGAUCAAAUUUUUUGAGAUCAACCAUUUGGCCUAUGAUGCAUUCUUUAUUGUUAUACUUAGUCAUGGCGAUUUUGGGAAUGUGAUUUAUACUUCCGAUAGUCGAUCAAUUAAAAUAAGUGAGAUCUCGGAUUACUUCACAUCAGGAAUGUGCCCCACACUUGCCAACAAGCCUAAGGUUUUCAUUGUUCAAGCCUGCCGUGGUUCUAAGCAUAAUAAAACUGUCUCUACUGAUAGUAAAUCAGGUGGUAGUCUUGAUUCUAUGAUACAUGGUUUAUCACUAUCACAUGACGGUGGUGGCUUGUCAGGUGUCCAGAUUGAUACCAGCACUCCUGAUAGAAUUGACUUUUUUUAUGCUUUUGCCACAAUCGAUGAACAUGAAGCUCUAAGACAUUGUGUUAAUGGUAGCUGGUUUAUCAACGAAUUAGUUACUGGCAUCAGGCACUUUGCAAAAAAGUACAAAGAAGUGAAUCUGGAAGAGCUCAUAAAGAAAGUCAAUCAAAGAUUAUCAAAGAAGAAAUAUGAGGAUAGAAUGCAAGCUUGCGAAGUGACAUCUUCAAUCAGAAAGAAUAUUAUUCUCUCAGUCCAUUCAUCUUUUGCUUCACGAACUCAUUCAGAAACAAGUUCUAUGAUUUCUAGUGCCAGCUCAAGCGAAAUAGUGUUUAAUCAAAAGACUUUGCCCAAACGUGUAUCUUCUAGCCCCAGAAAUGCCAUGUACACUGAACUAGUAGCUACCUCAUUGACUUCAACACCAAGUCAUUUUUACGGAAGGUCAAGAGAGAGGUGGAGUUACACACAUGGCUCUACUAUUAGUUUACCGAUAGCAACUCCUUCAGCAACAAGUGAGCUAGUUGCGUCUACAUCUUUCAUUAGUUUAAGACACCAGUACAGUGAGAGCUCAUCUUAUUCUAUGUCCAGAUUUUCUUUUCCUUCUAGCCUGGCAUCGGAAUCAGAAAUCAAUCUCCAUUCUUUAUCAGGGUCCUUUAGUGAUAAA